AUGCCGUUGGUAAGUCACGUAGAGCCGUACGUACCUAGUACGAUUCCGUUUGGCCAGUACCUGGAGCAGAUGGAAUGGAUUUUCAUCGACAACAAGGUGACAGAUGCUGAUGACAAGAAAGCAUCGUUUCUGGCGGCAUGCGGUAAAGAAGAUAUCACCGAUACCUUGAAGAAGCGGUACGACAACACUGGAAGCGACAUGAUCCAACGUUUCAAGUUCUACCAACGAGUGCAAGGUCCUACCGAAAGCGCAGAGGAUUUCAUUCUUGGUGUGAAGCUGCAAGCGGAGAUGUGCGAGUUUGGCGAUUUUAAGGACAUUGCAAUUCGUGACAAGCUUGUGUGUGGUAUCAACGACCCGGAUGUGCAACAGCGGUUAUUUGAUGAAGAGAAUCUGACGCUUAGUAAGACGGAGAAGAUCAUCAUCAACAGGGAGAUAGCUGGAGCAAGGCUUGUAGUCGAAGGUGUGCGAUUAGAGAUGGAAAUAGACUGUGGAGCUGCAGUUUCCGUCAUCAGUAGUGAGACGUACGAGGGAGAAUUCGCCGAUAUCUCGAUGCAGAAGUGUACCAAGAAGAUGGCAGUGAUCAGCGGGAAUCGAUUAGUGGUCGAAGGACAGAUUCCGGUGCAGGUUGAGUUGAACGGACGACGAAAGACUAUUAAGCUGAUUGUCUUGAGGAGUGGAAGCUCGUUUACACCGCUACUUGGACGUGAUUGGCUUGACAUCUUCUAUUCUGACUGGAGAAAUGCAUUUGGCAGUGGGGCGAGCGUGAACCAACUGUCGUUUCCGGCUUCAGAGGAACAAAUUGUGGACGAUGUUAAAGUACUGGCCGGAGGAUUCGUUUACGAGCAGGUUACCGUUAAUGCCGUGGCUCCAAGCAACCGAACAGGUCGAUGA